UGCCGUGGCAGCGGUCUGUUGUACUCGAGCAAAAAUGAGGCUAAAGAGGCUCCAUAUUCGCUACUAUCCUCCAGGUAUAAUUCUGGACUACGUGGCAGGAGGACAGGAGAAAAGCAGAUGCAUUGACCUGCUACACUUAACACCAACCACCAACGUGAAUGAGUUGUUAUCAGAAAUCAGAAGAAUUGAGCCAUUAAUCACCGACUCACGUACCGACCAGGUGAAAGUGUUGAUUAAACGGUUACAGGACAAACUAAGCCAACCAGAUGAGCGCAACUUUUACCUGUUUAAGGCGCUUCGGGCUCACAUCCUGCCUCUUACCAAUGUCGCCUUCAAUAAAUCAGGGUCGAGUUUCAUAACCGGGAGCUAUGACAGGACAUGUAAAAUAUGGGACACUGUGUCUGGAGAGGAACUGCACACACUGGAGGGGCACAGAAAUGUUGUUUAUGCCAUUGCAUUCAAUAAUCCCUAUGGCGAUAAAAUAGCUACAGGCUCCUUCGAUAAGACCUGCAAAUUAUGGAGUGCUGAAACUGGAAAGUGUUUUUACACGUUCAGAGGACACACAGCAGAAAUCGUCUGUGUAUCCUUCAACCCCCAGAGUACCCUGGUUGCCACAGGCAGCAUGGACACUACAGCUAAAUUAUGGGAUGUGGAGGAUGGUAAAGAGGUUUCCACCCUAGAGGGUCAUUCUGCUGAGAUAAUAUCUCUCUCCUUCAACACGGUUGGGAAUCGUUUAGUCACUGGCUCGUUUGAUCACACUCUUAUACUGUGGGAUGUACCAUCAGGGAGGCGACUACACACUCUGAUAGGGCACAGGGGAGAAAUCAGUAGUGUGCACUUUAACUGGGAUUGUUCCCUUAUCGUCUCUGCCUCUAUGGACAAAAGCUGCAAGGUGUGGGAUGCUGAGAGUAGCCAGUGUUUGGCCACUUUAUUCGGUCAUGAUGAUGAGGUGCUUGACGUUUGCUUUAAUUAUACCGGUCAACUCAUUGCAACAGCCUCAGCUGAUGGUACAUCCAGGGUGUUUAACGCAGAAACUUACCAGUGCAUGUGUAAACUAGAGGGUCAUGAAGGAGAGAUAUCUAAGGUAUGCUUUAACCCACAGGGGACACGUGUGCUUACAGCAAGUGCGGACAGGACAGCACGUGUGUGGUGUGUAAACUCUGGCUCAUGUCUGCAGGUUUUGGAGGGACACACUGAUGAGAUCUUCUCCUGCGCUUUUAACUAUGAAGGAGACACCAUCAUUACAGGCAGUAAAGAUAAUACCUGUCGGAUCUGGCGUUAACUACUGUACAGGACAACCUUCAGUAUUAACAAACACACGUUUUAGAGCUGUUCGCCAUUCUGGUUUGCAUAUAGAGGUUGACUUUAAGUGCGGAAUAUCUGCAUGUACACCAUGUACACAUGCAUAUACUAGUAGUGUAAUAUAGGAAAUCCUCCUAUUAAGUCUAUUUGUAUCUCAUAUUCACACAGCAUUUGCUUCUUCAUUUGCUUUUUUCAAUUCUGAUGCCAAGCAUUUCAUUAUAACUCCAGCCAGGUGUCUGCCAACACUCAAUCAUGUAAUAUGUGUAGGUAUGUGUUAUUACUAGGUUCAAAUAAAAUCGUUGUAGAUUUUCAAAUAAACUCAAACUAUUUUAGGUA